GCCUGUACCGGGGCUGGUGGAGGAAGCCGGGUGGUCUCGCCCCUCCUGGGUUCCUCCUGCCGCAGGUGGGCUGCGUCGCAGAGCAGGAAGCGCUGGGAAGAUGCGGGCCCGUGUGGCGCUGGGGCUGGCACUCUGCCUGCUGCUGGGGCCUCUCGCAGGGACCAAGCCUGUGCAGGAGGAAGGAGAGCCCUACGCGGAGCUGCCGCCCAUGCCCUACUGGCCUUUCUCCACCUCUGACUUCUGGAACUACGUGCAGCACUUCCAGGCCCUGGGGGCUUACCCCCAGAUCGAGGACAUGGCACGCACCUUCUUCGCGCACUUCCCCCUGGGGAGCACCCUGGGCUUCCACGUCCCCUAUCAGGAGGACUGACUGGUGUCCAGCCUGGUGCCCGCCCGCCCCGCCAGGCUGCCGUAGGUCAGGCCUCCGCAGGCAUGGAGUCCCCGUAAAGCUCUGGCUCCGGCGGGGGGUCAGGCCUGUUCUCAAUAAACUCCGGACUGAGGACGCACA